GUACGGUCGCGUGAUCGGUUUCGGAGCCUCGGAGUGGUCGGGAAAAUCUACACGUUUACAUCCGUUCCUCCUCGUUUCCCAUCACUCUGUCACACCCCCCUCGAUAAAAACAUAAAUCACAACAAUUCAUAAUUAUUCUCCUCACACCAUGCCAACAAUUGCCAUUGUCAUCCCGUUAAAUCCCCAAACAUAGCAUUAUUCAAUUGAGCCCAUAUUCCCAGUAACUCGGAAACAUCGUGACAAGUUAUUAGUGGUCUCUAGUCUGUAGUGAGUUGCGCGUUGAGCCGUUAAGUCGUAAGUUGCGCCUCUAAACAUCUAACUCAGUGGAAGCCUUAUUACAUGUGUAUGUGCGCGCUUGCGUACAUUUUCAAUAAUUUUUACUCAACACAUCUGCCCAUUCGAAAGCUCAGUUCGAUUGUAAGUUCACGCUAUACUCGACCACGCACUUUGCACAUUGCUAAUCUUCGGUCAAAGGACAUUUGUCAUUUUCGAUUAAGUCAACAUGAUUUGUCGGUAUUCGACAUAAUAAAAGGAAGCUUUUGAGAGAGUGGUCUACAGCGGUCUCGUGGUAAUACGAGACUGUCUUUCAGUGAGAGACGUGAGUCUCAAUUUUUAUAUCAUUUCAUACUGUCGUUUUUUCCCCCCCUUGAGGGAAUACUCUUCCUGUCACAUUUCUGUGAAUUAUCUGUGGCUUGAUAGUGGAGUGAAUAAAAAUAUACCGAAUUGACACUUGUUUUGUACGACUCAAGAUGAGUUCCGAGAUGCAUUACACACCACCAACAUCGGACACCAUCCAGACUAAACCAUUCCCCAUAAGAGGUGAACGUGCCAAUUUUGUAAACAAGCCCCAUGUAAUAGCAAUGGUGGGUCUGCCAGCCCGAGGGAAGACCUACAUAUCAAAAAAACUCUGCAGAUAUCUCAACUGGAUUGGAAUAAACACCAAAGUAUUCAAUCUAGGUGAAUACAGGAGGCACGCGACAACAGCAUAUCAAUGUCAUGAGUUCUUUCGUCCUGACAAUAUCAAGGCUAUGGCCAUAAGAACCCAGUGUGCUGUAGAUGCACUGAACGAUGUUUGUCAAUGGCUAGAGAGUGGUGACGGUGAAGUAGCUGUUUUUGAUGCGACAAAUUCUACAAUCGAACGUCGACAAAUGAUUCACAAUAUUGUCGUUGAAAAAAUGGGAUUCAAACUGUUUUUCGUGGAGUCUGUGUGCGACGAUCCUGAAAUUGUAGAGCAGAACAUAAUGGAGGUAAAAGUCAGCAGUCCAGACUACGCGAAUAUGAAUAAAGAGGAGGUAUUGGCGGAUUUCGUCAAGAGAAUCGAGCAUUAUCAGGAGAAGUAUCAGCCCCUGGAUGAGAGUAAAGAGAGUGAACUGUCAUUCAUGAAGAUUUAUAAUACAGGCGAGAAAGUACUCGUGUAUAAGCACGAGGGCCACAUACAAAGCAGGAUAGUUUAUUACUUAAUGAAUAUACACAUUGUGCCACGAACAAUAUAUUUGACGAGACAUGGUGAGAGUGUUAUGAACCUUGAGGGCAGAAUUGGGGGUGAUUCUGAUUUGAGUGAGAGAGGAAAAUUGUAUGGAAAGGCACUGGCGCAGUACAUUGAUGAGCAGGAUAUACAAGGAUUGAGAGUAUGGACUAGUUGGCUGAAACGAACGAUACAAACAGCUGCUGAUGUCAAUGCACCGCAGGAGAGGUGGAAGGCUCUCAACGAGAUUGAUGCUGGUAUUUGCGAGGAAAUGACGUACGAGGAGAUAUCCAGUAAAUAUCCAACAGAUUUUGCAGCGAGGGACCAAAAUAAAUUUUCAUACCGUUAUCCGAGAGGAGAGAGUUACGAGGAUUUAGUUGCAAGACUCGAGCCCGUAAUAAUGGAACUUGAGAGGCAAGGUAAUGUUCUUGUUGUCACACAUCAGGCAGUGCUGCGUUGUCUACUUGCUUAUUUUCUCGACAAAAGUGCAGACGAACUUCCAUAUUUGCAAGUACCAUUGCACACUAUUAUGAAAUUAACACCAGUGGCGUAUGGUUGUAAAGUCGAGCGGAUUCGAUUGCCCAUCGAUGCAGUGGAUACACAUCGGCCAAAACCAAAGAUUCCAGGCUAUUUGGACGAACGAUACAGGAGCAAAGGGAGAAAUCUUCACAUCUGAUAACGAUAAUCUAUCAAAUAUUCAUCAAUUAUUUCCACUUGUUCUUUCCUUUUCUGUCUGGUAUUAUUGAUUGUCUCUUCGAAUCAUAUCGUUUACUAGAAAAAAAAAUUAUAAUAGGAGCAUUUUGUUGAGACAGCUGGCUGUCCUUAUAAUGAGCUUGUUAAAGUAAUAGUGCCAAAUUAGUUUCUAUUCAAUUAAUGACGUAUUUUUAUUGAUUAAAGAACAGUCGAUAGAGAAAUUGUCAUCAAAAUGUAAUAGUAUAGGUCGUAAUUUUCACGUAAAAUUGCGAAUAAUGUGAUAAAAGUGCUCAAGAGUGAUUAUAAAGAUGGCUAUCCCUUAUUUCAAUUAGUAUUUUCAAUUUAAUUGUACUAUCAUUUGACGGAAGUUUAAAAUAAUAGCGGAGAUAUUAUUUUUUCACACAUCUAUUCGUCUCGAAUAUUUAUGCCCAGGUAAAAACCCUUGGGAAAUUGUUUAUAAAAAUACAACCUCACCCUUUAUUUUGCAUAUCAACUGCAGAUUCAAACAACUUCAAUACAAUCAUGGUAAUUAAUCAGAAAAUUAACACUGUCUGCCAUCUGUAUAAAUAAUCCACGUAUGUUCAUUAAA